AUGAUCUGCUGUGUUACAGGGUCUGCAAAACCCUGGGCAGAUGGUGAGGCCGAUGGUGACGCAGUCUACGAGGAUUUACAGGGACCGGGUGGUCGUAACCUAACAGGAUCAGUUAAUGAUAAGCGGAUUUGUGUCCCUCAAAAAAUUGAUCCCAAAACAUUCUUUGCCAAUGAGAGAACUUUUCUGAAGUGGCUUUCUAUUUCAGUGAUGGUUGGCAUGAUGUCAUUGACACUUUUAAACUUUGGUGAUACGUCAAGUAAUGCUGCUGAACUGGCUGGAUUGGUGUUACUUCCUGUUUCUAUCAUUUUUAUGGUAUAUUCCUUGUUUGUAUUCAGAGACCGUGCUAAUAAAAUAUAUAUGCGUGAGCCAAUGCGUUACGAUGAUACUCGUGGCCCUACAGUAUUGGUACUUGUUCUCGGAGCUUCUUUGGUUAUCGCAACUAUCUUUUCAAUUCAGAGACAUUAUUACAGAACCGCAACACCAUCAUUUAAUAAUGAAGCACGCUUCUCAUAG